GGCGGCGGCGGGAGGCGGCGCGGCGGGGAUUUUGCUGCGUCACCAGCGCUUGGGGCGCCGCCGCUGCCGCCGCUCGGAGCGCGCGGGGCAUUGUGGGAGCGAGGCCGCGCCGCGUCCUGAGCCGCCGCCGCCGUUGCUGCUGCCGCCGCCUCCGCUGCGCCGCCGGAGCUCCGGCCUUGGCUUCACCCGCUCCCGCCCCGCUGACCGCACAGGACAGGGCUCAGAGCCGGGGCUUCCCCCACCCCGCUCCCGCCGCCGCCACCGCCAGCAGCGCCAGCCGGAGUCGUCGCCAUUCGCCAUGCAGCCUGCCUCUGCGAAGUGGUACGACCGCAGGGACUACGUCUUCGUGGAGUUCUGCGUGGAGGACAGCAAAGAUGUCAAUGUAAACUUCGAGAAGUCCAAACUCACCUUCAGCUGUCUGGGAGGAAGCGACAACUUCAAACACCUAAACGAAAUUGACCUUUUCAACAACAUUGAUCCCAACGAGUCCAAGCACAAAAGAACAGACAGAUCCAUCCUCUGCUGCCUACGGAAAGGGGAAUCUGGCCAGGCGUGGCCCCGGCUAACGAAAGAGAGGGCGAAGCUCAACUGGCUCAGUGUGGACUUCAACAACUGGAAGGAUUGGGAGGAUGACUCAGAUGAGGACAUGUCCAACUUUGACCGCUUCUCUGAGAUGAUGAACAACAUGGGUGGAGACGACGACGUAGACUUGCCAGAAGUAGACGGGGCAGAUGAUGACUCACCAGACAGUGAUGAUGAAAAAAUGCCAGAUCUGGAGUAAACAAAAGCGUCGUCUUCAGGGUUUGGGGAAAGAGCUUCAUCACAACAUUUCAUAAUUGAGAUAAGAAUUUCCUGAGUUGAUAGGGCCCUAAAGGGAGAUCCUGCAUCCUUUAACCCAUUUUCAGUCCAUUUUAAAUGGCUUCACUGAUGGUAGGUGUGUUCCCGUUGCACGGGGCGGUCUCGAGAGGCAAUAACGUUCUGCAUGAACCCUUGAUCCAGACUUCCAACCCCGCGAGGCGCAGGGCCAGCGAUCCCCAGCAGUCGCAAUAAAGUUUACAGAGCCUCCUCCCUCCGCCUCCUGCCCCUCCCCCUCCUCCUGCCCCCUCCUCCCUGCCUCGCAGCAGCUCUCAUUACAAAAAGGGAGACCCCCCCCC